AUGGCCCCGAUCUCUAAGACUCUCGCCCUCGCUGGCGCUCUCUUUGCCAUGGCUGGUGUCGCCCGUCCUGUGGAAAAGCGUGCUGUUGUGUGGGAAACUGUCACCGAUAUUGUCUGGACUACUGUCGAUGUCACCACCACUGUCUACCCCCAGGAGUUUGUCGCUACUGCGACUGUGGUUCCCGUUACCACCUCCGCUGCUGCUGAGACUACUCCCACCGAGAAGUCCAAGCCUGAGGAGUACCACCAGGCCGAGACCACCUCGACCAGCACUAGCUCUACUUCUACUCCGGCUCCCGCUCCUGAGACUACCGAGCAGCCCACCACUGUCGCUGCCGUCGUCGAGCCCACUACUUCUGCCGCUCCCGUUAUUGAGCCCACUACCUCUGCCGCUCCUGUCGUUGAGCGUACUUCAACCUCCUCUACUGCUGCUGUCGCUACCUCCGCCUCCACUAGCUCCUCCAACUACGGCGGCUCCUGCUCCGAGGGCUCCCCUUGCACCGGACAGAUGACUUAUUACGACACUGCCACCUCUGCUAGCAACCCCAGCGCCUGUGAUACCACCAACGACGGCCUCACCGAGCUGGUCCUCGCCCUGCCUGUCGGUAUCAUGACUGACUCCGACUGUGGCAAGACCGUCACCAUCAGCUAUGGCGGUGUGACCAAGACCGGUACCGUUGUCGACAAGUGCAUGGGCUGCGACGACACUUCCGUCGAUCUGUCGCGCGCUUUCUUCGAGGUCUUUGACUCCCUGUCCGCUGGUCGCCUCACCGACGCCACCUGGUACAUCAACUAA